AUGUCCCAGCCCGUAUCGAAAGAGCAGCAGCAGAGGGCGGUUGCUGCCGCUGCCUCCGCCCCCGUCGCACAGCAGAGUGAUAACAUCGCUCAUGCCCUCGCUGGCGCUGGAGGUGGUAUAUUGUCCAUGAUUCUGACCUAUCCCUUAAUAACCCUCUCAACCCGCGCCCAAGUCGAAUCAACCCGCACAUCGACCACCACCCUCUCAGCAGUCCGCCACAUCCUUGCCCGCGAAGGCUUCCGCGGCCUCUACGCCGGCCUCGAAUCCGCCCUCUUUGGCAUCUCCGUCACAAAUUUCGUCUACUACUACUGGUACGAGUGGACCCGCUCCGCCUUCGAGAAAGCAGCCAUGAAAGCCGGCCGCGCGUCGAAGAAACUCACCACGGCCGAGUCCAUGAUUGCAGGUGCCAUCGCGGGAAGCGCGACGGUGCUGCUUACGAAUCCGAUAUGGGUGGUUAAUACGAGGAUGACGGCGGGGAGAAAGGGGGAGGAAAAGGGGGGUGAUGAGGAGGUUGGAAAGGGGAACGGGAAACCGAAGCCGAAAUCAACCCUCGCGACGCUAAUGGAGCUACUGCGCACGGAGGGGCCGACGGCGCUCUUCUCCGGCGUCCUGCCCGCGCUUAUCCUCGUUAUCAAUCCGAUAUUGCAGUAUACGUUCUUCGAGCAGUUGAAGAAUGUGCUCGAGAAGCGGAGGCGGAUUACGCCUACCGAUGCGUUUUACCUGGGCGCGUUGGGCAAGUUGCUGGCGACGAGUAUUACGUAUCCAUAUAUUACGGUGAAGAGUCGGAUGCAUGUUGCUGGCAAGGGCAAGGGCACGGGGAAGGAGGAGGGGAAGAAGGCGAGUUUGAAUGAGACUAUGAUGGGGAUUGUGAGGGAAGAGGGAUGGGGGGGCUUGUAUAAGGGUAUCGGGCCCAAGGUCAGCCAGAGCGUGCUCACGGCUGCGUUCUUGUUCGCGUUUAAGGAUGUGCUGUAUGAUAGCAUGGUUACCCUGCGCAGACGGAGUCUUCUGAGGUAA